ACAGUCACCAUCAUGCCAACGGAUAACAAUCCGGGUGAAGUGUCCUAUGUCUUGAUCAUGUCGCAGGAGCCCACACCUACGGGAACCACGACUACCACCCUCCAACCAAUGACGCAGGUCACCCUGAAAAAAGAUCCUCAGGAUAUUUCUGUCUACGAGUUCGAUGAGGGCAAGCAGCAGACCCAAGUUGUCGCGACCCGCCAACCCGAAGAAAAAGCUCGAUCUGUGAAAGUUGUCUCUAAGAAAGUUGUUCAGACCAUAACUCAAGCCCACAUGUGCAGCUUUUGCAACUACACGUCUCCGAAGAGAUAUCUCUUGAGCCGUCACAUGAAGAGUCAUUCAGAAGACAGACCUCACAAAUGUUCGGUGUGCGAGAGAGGUUUCAAAACGUUGGCGUCGCUCCAGAAUCACGUAAAUACCCACACCGGAACUAGGCCCCAUCAAUGUAAAGAAUGCGAUGCGUCGUUCACGACGAGCGGUGAACUCGUCCGUCAUGUGAGGUACAAACACACUCACGAGAAGCCUCAUCGAUGUACCGAAUGCGACUACGCAUCCGUGGAGCUCUCCAAACUCAAGCGGCACAUGAGGUGCCAUACGGGCGAGCGACCGUACCAGUGUCCGCACUGUACUUACGCCUCCCCGGAUACCUACAAACUUCAGAGACAUCUGCGGAUACACACGGGCGAGAAGCCCUAUGAAUGCGAUAUCUGCCAUGCCCGGUUCACUCAAUCGAACUCGCUGCGGGCUCACAAGCUGAUUCAUACGGGCCAGAAACCCGUCUUCCAAUGUGAGCUCUGUCCGGCUACCUGUGGCCGAAAAACGGAUCUACGCAUUCACGUGCAGAAAUUGCACACGUCCGACCGACCACUGAAAUGCAAGCGGUGUGGGAAAAGCUUCCCCGACAGAUACACGUACCGAGUCCACGCGAAGAGCCACGAAGGAGAAAAGUGUUUCAAAUGCGACCUAUGCAGCUACGCGUCGAUCUCGCAACGUCAUCUGGAGUCGCAUAUGCUUAUCCAUUCGGACCAGAAACCUUUCCAAUGCGACGAAUGCGACCAAGCCUUCCGGCAGAAACAACUCUUGAAACGCCACAAGAAUCUCUAUCACAACCCCAACUAUGUUCCACCGACACCGAAAGAGAAAACGCAUGAGUGCCCCGAAUGCAAGAAGGCCUUCCGGCACAAAGGGAACCUAAUCCGACAUCUCGCCGUUCACGAUCCCGAUGCUUCGGCGCAAGAGAAGGAAGAGGCCAUGCGCAUCGGUCAACCAAAAUUGCCCGGAGAGAAGAAAGACGGCGAAGAGGACGACUACGACGAGCUCCUCGACGAUCCUGACGAGGAAUUCUCCGACGAAGAAGACGAGGACGAGGAUGAGUUCAUGGAGGUCGACGGCUCGACGGUCGAGCACGCCAUGGACUCUAGCGGGGCGACGUCCGUCACGCAGUCGGGCCAGUCCGGUCAGCCGGGUCAAAAUCAAGUCGUGGUGCUUGAAGUCAUCCACAUGCCGAACAACGCCGACGGCACGCCCGGCGAGCAAGUUCAGCGGUUGACGACUGUGGACGCGAGCACUCAAGGUCGAGUACUGCAAACGUCCGACGGGAACACGCUCAUCAUCCAGCAGAACCAAGACGGAACCACCCAACUGCUACCUCAGGGAGAAAUCAUUCAGAUGGAAGACGGUAGUGGAGCAACAGCCGAAGAUCUCCUCGGCAAGGCGUCUCAAGAGAUCAAGAGGAUUGCUGCUGAUAACGAUAAGCAGAAAGAUGUCGAGGAAUGCUUCGGUUUCGGCAACGUGAGUAGACGGUCUCCCAAAGGGCAGCCGAGUUUCUUGGAAUGAGUCAUAACAAUAUGUCGAGCUAGCUCGAUGGAGAUUCGCAUGGCCGUCAAUGGGGAAAGCAUUCAUGAUCCGGGACGUAUGUAGAAGCGGCGUCGAUUGCUGUAGCUUGUUGAAUGAUUCAUGAAUGAUAUAUAUAGUCGGAGAAGCUGGAAGGUGGAUCGCCUUCGCGUGAAUGAACGCCGCAGCAGAACCGGUGUCCUUCUACGAAGGUUGAUAGCACAGAAAUCUACCCUAAAUACGGACGAUAUGCCAGCGGGUGGCAAUCCGAGGGUUUCAGCCCGGAAGGGGUUUCCUAGUCGGAUGCUAGCGGCGGGGCUAUCGGGAUGGGGGAGGAAGAUGGGACUCUCGACGUCAGUUCAGAAAAAGCGGAAUGUCGUUCAAAUCGGGUAAAGAAAAGUCGUUGCGG